AUGACGCACGCCGCCUCCAAAGACGACCUGCGCGUCUCAACCCUCUUCAACUUCUCCAACCACGUCGUCCUCGUAACCGGCGGCGCCACGGGGCUAGGCGAAAUGGCCGCGCAAGCCUUUGUUCAAAACGGGUCCCGCGUCUUCAUCGCCUCGCGUAAAGAAUCCGAGCUCAAAAGCACCACCGCGCGGCUCAAUGCGCUCGGCCCCGGCACCUGCGAAUACAUCGUCGCGGACCUCAAGGACAAAGCCGGGUGUCUGGCGCUCUGCGCCGAACUGGCCAAACGCACGGAUCGCUUGACUGUGCUGGUGAAUAACACGGGGGCCAGCUGGGGGGACGAUUAUUACAACUAUCCGGAACAUGCGUGGGAUAAGCUGUAUGCGCUAAAUGUUAAGAGUGUGUUUUAUAUGACGGUGGGGUGCGAGGGAUUGUUGCUCAAGGGGGCGACGAAGGAUACGCCGAGCAGAGUGGUGAAUAUCGCGAGUAUGGCGGGGAUUCAGACAAUGGACGUUACGACGGGGGAGGGAGGGGGGCUGAGUGCGCCGGGGACAGGGACGUUCUCUUAUGGCCCAGCAAAAGCCGCUUGCAUCCACCUCACAAAGAUGACUGCGUCCAAACUUGCGCCGAAACAUAUCAUGGUUAAUGCCAUCUGCCCCGGCGUGUUUCCCUCACGAAUGACCAACUUCGGGCUGGAAAAGUACAAGGACGCACUCGAAUCUGGACAGCCUACAGGCCGUGUCGGCAAGCCGAGUGAUUUCGGCGGGCUGUGCUUGUUCCUUGCGAGCGGCGGGAGCGGCGCAUAUGACGGGCAACGCCAUUGAGAUUGAUGGAGGCGCGACGUUGGCGGGGUGGAGGGGGAGGAACCCGGGGGAGGGAGAGAGUAAGUUGUAGAAACACGCACCACUCGGGCUCAAC